AUGAUACUACUGCUUGCUUGUGUCAGCCUCCUAAUCGGUCCUGGUGAACUGGGCAUCCUGAACAAUGGACCCUCCGUCGGCGUGACCGCCGUUUCUGGACUUAGUGCGCUGCCUUUUGGAUUCGCUACUGGUCCAAGGUACGUCCCCAAAUGGAAGAAGCAGGCAUGCGAGAUACCAGCUUCCCAGCAUCCAAAUUCGCAUUACAUCUGCGACGAGGCUGGAGAAGUAAAGUGUUUGCCAGGAUGGACCGGCGAUUUGUGCGACGUGCCAAUCUGUCGUAAGGGAUGUGACCCUCUUCAGGGUUACUGCCGUCGACCCGGCGAAUGUCGCUGCAAAUUGGGCUUCUACGGUGAGCUAUGCGACAAAUGUGUGGCUCUGCCAGGAUGUCAACAUGGCAGCUGCAACGUAAGCUUCGAAUGCUCCUGCGAUCCUGGAUGGAAGGGUAUAUUCUGCUCGGAACCGAUCUGCGCCGCCGAUUGUCUACCCAGCCAGGGAUACUGCGAGAAGCCUGGCGAAUGCAGAUGUCGACUAGGUUGGCAAGGACCAAAAUGCAAGCAAUGCGCAGUUCUCCCCGGCUGCGUUCACGGAACAUGUCAAGGACCACUCGAAUGCCGCUGCGAACCCGGCUGGACCGGACUUCUCUGCCAGACUCCUGUUUGCUCGCAAGGAUGCAGCCGAGAACACGGCAGUUGUCGUCGUCCGGGGACGUGUAGGUGUCGCGUAGGUUGGACUGGUCCAAAUUGUACCGAAUGUGUCCCUUAUCCUGGCUGCGUACACGGAACUUGCAAACGGCCGUGGGAGUGCAGAUGCGAACCUGGAUGGGCUGGGGACCUGUGUAACGAGAAGUUGACGUAUUGCGACGAACACCCGGGAAUAUGUCAGAAUAAUUCGACUUGUAUUAGCAUGACCAGGGAAGAUGGCAAUUAUAGAUGUAUCUGUCCUCUGGGUUACAUGGGUCGCCAAUGUCAAAUCAAAACGAUGAUGCCCUCAACAGAGCUGGUGCCUCCCACCCCAGAUUCAAUCGAGCCCGAAGCGAAACCUCAGAUGCAACCCGAAGAAAAUGAAAGCUCGGUAGACGAAAAGGAUAAGAACACGGUGAAGGACGAGGAACAAACGGUGGAACCAUUGGGUCCAAUCGUAAUUACGGAUCCUCCGUCCACGAUUGAUCCUGCUGCAACCGUCGGUAAAUGGCCAACCGAACCUCCCACGGAAUUGCCAAUCACGGAAGGGGACGAUGAAAAUGAGGCGUGAAUGACUGCUCUUUGACUGUUACAUUAUUUAUUUAUUUAUUUUGCAUAUAGGACUAUGUAAUGAUGAUUUUGU